ACCGGUGCUACACCUCCUUGCUCCCGCGCGAUGGCUUUCAAUUUCGGGGCUCCGUCGGGCACCUCGGGCACCGCUGCAGCCACUGCGGCUCCCACGGGAUUUGGUGGGCUUGAGACUGCCAACCCCACCGCCAGUGGGUUUAAUUUUGGGGGUUUCGGAUUAACUGCUAAUCCUGCAGUGAACUUUAAUAUUGGGAAUUUCGGUGUUUCUACCACCUCGGCGACUCCGUUCAAUUUUGGUAACAGUCUGGCAAGCGCAGGUGGGUUUGGAGGUUUUGGCACAACAUCUACAACUUCAGGUUCUGCGUUCAGUUUUUCUGCUCCAGCUAACACAGGCACAACAGGACUGUUCUCUCAGAACAAAGGUUUUGGAUUUGGUACUGGUUUCGGCACAACCACAGGAACUAGCACUGGGCUGGGCACUGGCCUGGGCACCGGCCUGGGAUUCGGAGGGUUUAACACCCAGCAGCAACAGCAGCCAUCUAGGACCUCGUUAGGUGGUCUCUUCAGUCAGCCCACACAAGCUCCUGCUCAGUCCAACCAGCUGAUCAAUACUGCAAGUGCUCUUUCUGCUCCAACGUUACUGGGAGAUGAGAGAGAUGCUAUUUUGGCAAAAUGGAAUCAGCUGCAGGCCUUUUGGGGCGCGGGAAAAGGAUAUUUCAACAAUAACAUUCCGCCAGUGGAAUUCACACAGGAAAAUCCCUUCUGCCGAUUUAAGGCAGUAGGUUAUAGUUGUAUGCCCAAUAAUAAAGAUGAAGAUGGCCUAGUAGUUUUAGUUUUUGUCAAAAAGGAAGCAGAUAUUCGAAGUCAGCAGCAGCAGUUGGUGGAAUCAUUGCAUAAGGUUCUUGGAGGAAACCAGACCCUUACAGUGAACGUGGAGGGCAUUAAGACGCUGCCGGAUGAUCAGACAGAAGUUGUUAUUUAUGUUGUUGAGCGUUCUCCAAAUGGUACUUCUAGAAGAGUUCCAGCCACGACACUCUAUGCUCAUUUUGAACAAGUCAGUAUAAAAACGCAAUUGCAGCAACUGGGUGUAACCCUUUCAAUGACUAGAACAGAACUUUCUCCUGCACAGAUCAAGCAGCUUUUACAGAAUCCUCCUGCUGGUGUUGAUCCUAUUAUCUGGGAACAAGCCAAGGUAGAUAACCCUGAUUCUGAAAAGUUAAUUCCUGUGCCAAUGGUGGGCUUCAGAGAACUUCUCCGGAGAUUGAAGGUUCAAGACCAGAUGACGAAGCAACAUCAAACUAGAUUAGAUAUCAUAUCUGAAGAUAUUAGUGAGCUGCAGAAGAACCAAACUACCACGAUGGCCAAGAUCGCACAGUACAAGAGGAAGCUCAUGGACCUCUCGCAUCGGACAUUGCAGGUCCUAAUCAAGCAGGAAAUUCAAAGGAAGAGCGGUUAUGCCAUCCAGGCGGAUGAAGAGCAGUUGCGAGUGCAGCUAGAUACAAUCCAGUGUGAGCUAAACGCACCUACCCAGUUUAAGGGCCGACUUAACGAGCUCAUGUCCCAAAUCAGGAUGCAGAAUCAUUUUGGAGCAGUGAAAACUGAAGAGAGGUACUACAUAGAUGCAGAUCUGCUACGAGAAAUCAAGCAGCAUUUGAAACAACAGCAGGAGGGCCUGAGCCACUUGAUUAGCAUCAUAAAAGACGAUCUGGAAGACAUCAAAUUGGUGGAACAUGGAUUGAAUGAAAGCAUCCACAUCAGAGGCGGUGUUUUUAGUUGACAGCUCACAGACUUGUGUUACGGGUUUCCGGUUCACGCUCCUGCAGUGUCAGGCCUCUCCCGACUGCCCGAAUGGGAAAAAUAAGAAACAAAACAGUCCUCUUGGCUUGGGUUUUUUUUUUUGAGAAGGUUAUAAAAAGAAGUACACAAUUAUCUAAAGCAUAUGUACUAUUGUACAUUCUGACAACAUUUUCUUAAACAAAAUCAGUAUUUAAUGAUAAUUUUCCAUUGAGCCUGAACUCCGCUUCCCUUAGCAAGUACGUAUGAGAUAAUGACUUUGCACAGAACAAAGAAUCACUCGAUUGUCAGAGAUUUGUACUUCAGGGUAUAAAUGUACAUCAGCUUCUAUGUUUGUGAAUUCAUCUGUGGGAGGAGCAAAGAGAAUCCACAAGUAUUUAAUGAUUACUAUGGUUUUCUUUUUGUUCUAUAAAGAUUUAAAAGUAUAUUUUUAUAUUAUUUUACUUAUUUGAAAUUUAGAGAACAAGUAAGCAAUUAGGAUAUGCCAAAAUUACCAUUUCUGUAAUCUUUUUUUUAAAAAAUAUUUCCAAAAAGGUAACUUAUAAAUAAAUUCUUAAUUUGUAAUUACUUUCCUAUAGUUGUGCUUUAUUUAGCUUUUGAGCAAUGACCACCAUGUCCAUGUAAGUACUAAAUUUUCAUCAGAAUUACGAUUUAAAUUUUCAUCAUAACCACAAUUUAAGAUUUUAAUUCAGUGUUCUUAAAUACUUUUUCUCAGUGCUCACAAAUUCUGACAGGCAUGGAAAAUUAAGUUUACUUCAGCUAUCAAAUAGGAUAAAGAAUUGCAUAAUAUACUGUGUCUGAAAGCACUAGAAAAUGAGUUACAUGUCAUAACACACCCUUGGGAAGUUGGGAUUCUGUAGGAACUGGGGCCUUGUAGUAGUGGUUCUGACAGCAGAGUGUAGGUGGGCUGCAUCAAGGUGUCUCCCCCUGGCAUGCUUCCCACUUCCUCUGGCUCGCACUGAGCAGCAUGGGAAGGGCCCAGCGCAUCUUGCCGACAGUGGGGACUGAGUUGGGUGAUGUGCCGUGUAUGUAAGCUGAGAUUAAACUACAGGCGUUUCUUUUCAGUUGCAUAGGAUCUGCUGUUUCCUUCCACAUCAGCUGCACUUUGCAGCCACCUUUCCUAGUUGGUGAUAUACAGAGGUAUAUGAUCUUGUGACCUACCCUCCUUCAUCAGGCUCUUGUACCCACUGUUGCACUUCUAGCAGUGUACCCAUUUUUCCAGUGGGUACUUCCUUUGUUUUGAUCUAGGUAGCCAAGUAUAGAAAAGGAGUCUGUAUCCCCGCAUUCUCCUUAUAGUAGGAAACAUUAUUCAUUAUGCCCCAUCUGAUGUAUGGAUCACUGUCAUGUAUAUAAUGCUCAGGUUUUUUUUUAAAGACAUUUAUUUGAAAGGCAGAAUGACAGAGAUCUUCAUUUGGUUUAUUCCCCAAAUGGCUGCAACAGCUUGGACUGGGAUAAGCUGAAGUCAGAAAUCUGAAACUCUGCCAGGUGUUCCCAGCUCCACAUUGAGUGUCGGGGACCAAGUACUGGGGCCAUCUUGGGCUGCUCCCCAGGAAAUCAGCAGUAAACUGGACUGGAAGUAGAACAGCCGAGACUUGAACCAACACUCCCAUACUGGAUGCUGGUGUUUGCAAGCUGUGCCACAAUGACAGCCCCUCUCUAACCUUUGAUUUUUCCUGUUCUGAUAGUUAUUCUUAGUUUGCAACAUAAAGACACUUGGAUAGGGUCCAAGGUCUGCCUGGAUUGGGGCGAAGUCAUCCUUCUUGUGAAUCCACGCGUGGGUCAGGUCUGUGACCGGUGUCCAUACAAUUGGUUAGUGACUGGAUUUGGUUAAGACUACAAGUAUGAUUUAAACAACUCCUAACAACGUUCUACAGACUGAAUGCGCUUCUGAAAUUUGAUGUUGAAA